AUGGACCUCAUCGGGCCGUUAGAACGAUCGGCACGGGGACAUCGUUUCGCGUUGGUCUUAGUGGAUUACGCGACACGAUAUCCUGAAGCAGUGGCGCUCCGCAACAUCUCGGCGAAGAGUGUGGCGGACGCCCUGUUUCACUUAAUCUCCCGCUUGGGAAUCCCAAAGGAGAUUCUCAUGGACCAGGGCACCGCGUUUAUGUCACGCACAUUAAGCGAAUUGUACGAAUUGUUGGGCAUUAAAGCGGUGCGUACCAGCGUCUAUCACCCACAAACGGACGGCCUGGUCGAACGGUUUAAUCGCAUAUUGAAAACCAUGAUCCAGAAGUUCGUACAAGAAGACGCGAAAAAUUGGGACCGUUGGCUAGAACCCCUCUUAUUGGCUGUGCGCGAGGUCCCCCAAGCCUUCACGGGGUUUUCCCCCUUCGAGCUUCUUUACGGACGUCAGCCCCGGGGGGUGUUGGACGUCCUGAAAGAAACUUGGGAGGACGGACGCUCGGAUAGCAAAAGUGAAAUUCAAUACGUCCUGGACCUGCGAGUAAAACUCCAUACACUGGGGCGGCUAUCUAUGGAGAAUUUGCUUCAGGCCCAUGACCGACAAAGCCAGCUGUAUAACCGGAGGACUAAGCUGCACCGAAAAUUUGCACCGGGAGAUAAAGUAGUACGAACAGAUAGAGGCGACUCACGGCAAAUCUACCACCUCAACCUCCUUAAAAAAUGGAGCGGGGAGGAGUCAGUGCUGCUAGCGACGGCAGUGAGUGGGGAGGAGGAUCUCGGGCCGGAGGCGGUUACUAAAAAGAAAUCCCUCGCACUGGCCCUAGGGGGAGAUCACCUCUCGCCCUCGCAGCUCACUGACAUUGCACGUUUGCAGGUAGAAUUUGCGGACGUGUUUUUGCCCCUACCUGGUCGGACUGACCUGAUUCAGCACCACAUUGAGACAGAGCCGGGUGUUGUAAUUCGCAGCCGGCCAUAUAGGUUACCUGAACACAAGAAAAAAGUAGUUAAGACUGAAUUAGAGGCCAUGCUGGGGUUGGGAGUAAUCGAGGAGUCACACAGUGAUUGGGCGAGCCCGAUAGUUUUGGUACCUAAAGCGGUUUUGUGUAGACUAUCGCAGGGAUCGUAUGUGGCUGAUUUUGAUGGCAGAAGCUCUUUGCUCUACCGAUUCAACCAGAAGUCUAUGAGCACGGUGAAAGAUGUUAUAUCGCUGCGAUUUAAGAGUCGACAGGCAGAAGGUGUUUUACUGCAUGGAGAAGGCCAGCGAGGAGAUUAUAUCACUCUGGAGCUUCAUCGUGGCAGGCUGGCCUUGCAUCUAAACCUGGAUGACAGCAGGGUGAGAUCUAGCAGUGCUCGCAUGGUGGUCACUCUAGGAAGUCUCCUGGAUGAUCUGCACUGGCACUCUGUUCUGAUCGAACGCUUUAACAAGCAGGUCAACUUCACCUUGGACAGACACACUCAACACUUCAGGACCAAGGGUGAUGGAGACUCGCUAGAGGUCGACUAUGAGCUAAGCUUUGGUGGGAUCCCACUGCCAGGUAAACCAGGAACCUUCAUUCGACGCAACUUUCAUGGUUGCAUGGAGAACCUCUACUACAAUGGAGUGAACGUCAUCGACUUGGCCAAACGGAGAAAACCUCAGAUAUACAGUGUGGGCAACGUGACCUUUUCCUGCUCGGAACCACAGCUGGUGGCCGCCACAUUUCAGAGCUCCAGCAGCAGCUUUCUGUCACUGCCAGCACCUGCACAGAUCCUGGAGGGCUUUUCGGUGCGCCUGCAGUUUCGCACCUGGAACCCUAAUGGCCUGCUGCUGUCCAGUCCGCUGAUCUCUGGUCAGGAGCCCCGUUAUCUGAUUUUGCAGAUCAGCAGUGGGCGUCUCCAUCUCACACACCAGACAUCAGUGCUGAAGAUGUCAGAAGUGUCAGCUGGUCAGAGGGUGAAUGAUGGUUUGUGGCAUUCAGUCAGUCUCAAUGCUAGAGGUCUGCAGAUCAUCAUGACCCUGGACAGUGAGCCCGCAUCCAUCAUCCAGUUGAAGAGCUACCUGGAACCCAAAAACAAACACUACUUUGGAGGAUGUCCUAUAUCCCAGAACGACUCCAGCUGCUUGAAUCCCACAAUGGCCUUUCAAGGCUGCGUCCGGCUCAUCCUUGUCAACAACCAACCUGUUGAUCUUCUGUCAGUCCAGCAAGGUCAUCUAGGAAGCUACAAUCAGCUACAGUUUGACUUAUGUGGCAUUCGUGACAGGUGUCUGUAUAAUUUCUGUGAGCAUGGCAGCCGGUGUUCCCAGACGUGGCCGUCUUUCUCUUGUGAUUGCACUGGUACAGGAUACAGUGGAGCUACGUGCCAUAACUCCAUAUAUGAAGCUUCAUGUGAACACUACAGGCUUGCUGGAAGCACUUCUGGAUAUUUCUCGAUAGAUCCUGAUGGAAGUGGCCCUCUUGAUCCUAUUCAGGUCUACUGUAAUAUUACAGGAAGCAAAGUGUGGACAGUGGUUCGUCACAACAGCUCAAAUGCAGUCAGAGUACGAGGCUCUACACUGCAGAAGCCAUAUGUGGGAUGGUUUAAUUAUAGUGCCUCAUCUGAACAGCUGAAGGCCCUGGUGUCUCUGUCAGAACACUGUGAGCAGAGAAUCGCCUACCACUGCAGAAGGUCACGGCUGUUUAACCCCUGGGACAGCUCCCCUUUGUCCUGGUGGGUGGACCGCAGAGGAGAGAAGAGGACCUACUGGGGAGGAAUUCAGCCAGGGGUGCAGCAGUGUUCAUGCGGUCUGGAAGAGAACUGUGCUGACAUGAACUACUUCUGCAACUGUGAUGCAGACAGAGUGUCAUGGGAGAAUGACACUGGUGUCCUCUCAUAUAAGGAGCACUUGCCAGUGCGGGAGAUUGUGGUCGGUGAUACUUACAGACUGGGCUCUGAAGCUAUGUAUGUCGUGGGACCCCUGCAGUGCUCUGGUGACAAGUACCUGUGGAAUGCUGUAUCUUUUUACCAAGCGGCUUCAUAUCUGCAGUUCCCAGCUCUCCAGGUAGAGCUUUCCCUUGAUGUCUCCUUCUACUUCAAGACUGCUUCCCCCUCUGGGGUCUUUGUGGAAAACAUGGGCAUUCGAGACUUUAUCCGGGUUGAGCUGAGCUCUCCCUCAGCUGUGACUUUCUCCUUUAAUGUGGGCGAUGGGCCAGUUGUCCUGACCGUCAAAUCUCCUGUGCCACUGAACGACAGGCAGUGGCAUUGGGUUCGAGCCGAGCGCAAUGUGAAAGAAGCAUGCCUGCAGGUCGACCAGCUGCCCCUGCGGAUCAUAGAAACCCCACCUGAUGGACACCUUCGCCUUCAGCUUGGAAGCCAGCUGUUUGUUGGAGGCACAACCACAAGACAAAGAGGCUUUCUUGGAUGCAUUCGAGCAUUUAACAUGAAUGGAGUGAUUUUUGACUUGGAGGAACGAGCCAAAGUGACACCAGGAGUGAGUUCAGGGUGCGCUGGUCACUGCAGCAGCUCAGCUGGGCUCUGCCACAAUCGGGGGAAAUGCAUUGAGAAAAGCAGCGGUUACAUGUGCGACUGCACUAAUUCUGCUUACGGGGGACCCUCUUGCACAGAAGAGGUGUCCAUGUCCUUUGAAAGAGGAGCUUCAGUCACCUACAUUUUUCAGGAGCCGUUCUCUGUCAUACAGAACCGGUCGGCCGCAGUGCUGUCUGUCCCUUCUCAGUACAGCAAGACCAGAGACAACCUGGCACUGAGUUUCCAGACCACACAGAGUCCUGCCAUGCUGCUCACAGUCAACACCCUCAGCCAGCAGUAUGUGGCCAUCAUCUUAGCUCGGAACGGGAGUUUACAAAUCUGGUACAAACUGCAUAAGGAGAAGAGACCGGAUGUGUUCGUCCCCAUCUUGAGCAGCCUGGCAGAUGGACGGCUGCAUAGAGUUCACAUCCAGCGGGAGGGAAAGGACGUGUUUGUUCAGGUUGACCAUGAAAAUAAGAAGUACACCCUUUCAUAUGAUGCAGCAUUUAACUCUAUGAAGUCACUGACCUUGGGAAAAGUAACAGGAAGUGAUGUCAUGGAUGAUGAGGUAGCUCAUGCUGGGUCUAAAGGCUUCAUUGGCUGCUUCUCAUCUGUCCAGUACAACCACGUUGCUCCACUGAAAGCGGCGUUAUUGAACCGAGGUAGCUCUCUAGUCAGCAUACGAGGACAUUUACUGGAAUCAAACUGCGGAGCAUUAGCUGACCUUUCAACCUCUGUAUCUCGUCUUGAUCAUGGAGAGGAGGUGGGAAAAGAUAACGAGCAUCACGAAGACGACAGCCAGCCUGAUUCAGCUGUAAUCGGAGGUGUGGUGACAGCUGCGGUCUUCAGUACCCUCUGUGUGCUAGCAGUGAUGACUCGUUUCCUUUACCAACAUCGUCAAGCUCAAAGAACUGCAAGACUCCAAGAAAAGGAACACCAACGUAGCCUUGAAGCUGCUUACAGGGCAGAGUUUCACCUUCACAACUCCAUGAGAGACAGCAUGCAAGAGUACUACAUCUGAUGGACAGUCUUGUAGCUUUCGGUUCGGCUAUCAGUUCCUCCCGUGUCUCCUUCAGCAAACAUGUCAUGAGGCCCUUACUAUCCGGUAAGGACAGUUAGUUGGAUAUUUCCUCGCUUUGGGAACAGUGGGAUCUUCUGAUCUGUGUAAGUAGUAGCUUGUAGUUUUCACAGUGCUUGCCCCAAGUGUUGGAUUAAUCAACAUUAGGUUAUUUAUGGGAUGUGAGUGGUGUGUUAGGAGGUAUUUGUAUUAAUUCAGUAAUAUGCCCUCUGGAUAGUAACUGAAAUGGAGAGUGUCAUCUUUAUUGCAUGAAUGCAGAUGCAGACUCUGAAGUGUUAAUUAUUCUGUUAACAAAGGAAACUAAACCCACAUAUUUUAAGCCUGUGAAUUUUUCUAGGUUACCAGAAACAUCUUCAAAGUGGCAACAUUGUGAGAGGAAGUACCUGGUACAUUAUUUAAAUAAUAUAAUGCUUCAGGUCGAGGACAGUAGCCUGUCCCAACUUGAUUUAUAAUUUUACGUUACUCUGCCUCAUAGCUAAGAAUACAAUUUGUCGAUGUGUAAACAUGCAGGACAAGUUUAAAUGAUUUUAGUUUCACAAAGAAGCUGCUAACAGAGACCAAACUCAUUCAGUAAAGUGACUUGAUUAAAAACAUUAGCAGAAAUAUUGUAGAGUUGAACAUGAUGCUUCCUAAUGUAACAUUACCUGUCUGUGUUAUGUGAAAUAUCUGCCAUAUUGAUAAUGAACACAUUUUAAGAGGUCAGUAAGAAUUUUUUUUUUUUAUGAAUGCUUUUAUUCCUGAAGGGUGCAUUAAAUUGAUCAAAAGUAACAGUAAAGAUAUUAGAUUUUUUUUUUUUUUUCAAAUAAAUGCUGUUUAUUAUCUUUUAUUUAUCAAAGAAUAACAGUUUCCACAAACAUAUUAAGAAGCAUGACUGUUUUUAACAUUGAUUGUAAUAUAAUUGUUUCCUGAGCAGCAAAUCAGCAUUUUUUAUGAAAUAUCAUGGGACAUUGAAGACUGGCUGUGAAGUAAUGGCAUCUGAAAAUUCAGCUUUGCCAUCAAAGAAAAAAAUAAAUAAAUAAAUAAAUAUAAAAUAUAUUCAAAUAAUAAAAAGUAACAUUUUAUUACAAUACAGUUUUUUGCUGUAUUUCUGAUCAAAUAAAUGCAGCCUUUGUGAGCAUAGAAGAAAAAAAUCUAUAUAU